AUGCUUCAAGCCCCAGUAGUAUCAGAUAUCCUCCAGGAGUCCGGACGUAAUGGCAACGCUUCCCUUGCGUAUGUCACCCGUGCAGUCCAUGCUUUAGAGCUCUAUCCAAUCAGAUCAAAGCUUCCGAAAAACAGAAGUCCGCCACAUGGACGGAGCCAGCUACCAUCCCUUGAUUCCAAGAGUGAUGUGGCGAAAUCUCAUGAAAAUCCCUUUCCUACGGAAAAUGAAUCCAUUCAAACCGAAGAUACGGACUCGGUCGAUUCCCUAGUAACCCUUCCCUACGCUUCCACAUCAGCCCAGCUUCAGGCCCGCGUAAAGGCGGAGUUGGGGAAGCAACUCUUUGGCGCACUGAAGCAACGGCUGCAAAGCAGACAACGGAUGCUUGCAAGAACAGCGCCAGUCCCGACACCUGUAAGCGCCAACCUAAGGGAGGCCGAGCCGGUAACACACUCGACGCAAGCCUCAUCCCUUCGCGAGGCUCGCAAGCCAGACAAAGCCGCUGCACUUGACCAACGACAGGGUGGUAGGCGCACAGGAAAGGUGAGGCGUCAUGCGAGCCGGUCGGCCGCGCCCUCGCAAUUCAGUAUGGAUUAUCUCGCGGGCGCCAUGCCCACAGCUACGCAGUGUUCAUGGAGACCUGAGAUGCCGGCGAUCUGUGUAGCCCAAAGUGUCUCCUCGCGUACUUGCUCGUUACUUAUGACCAAAGGCGAGCGACUUCGAAGGUGUGACGUGAACGGAUUAUCAAUGUGGCAGGUGGACCAGACCUCGGAGGUGGACCUUCUGCGUGUUAAUCGCCUGAAGGCGAUUCCAAACUACAACCGUGGUCUUUUUGCUGGUUUGGACUGUUUUGUGACGCGCAGCGGGCUCUUCAUUGUAGGUUUGACGCGCGGGCCUGAUGGGCGGCGCAUUCAUCCUAGGGCAUGGCAUCUCCUCUACGGCUCGGUGGAUGCCGGGGAAGUGUCAAGUGGCGUCUCGGGGAGAGUUGGUGCGGAUUUCAUCACCGCGGAGGCUAGCGGCAGAAAAGCCAUGGCACACUUCUCCUCACGUGACGACCGCGGAGACUUGGGCUCGAAGCAUCAGAACUUGAAGCGUUUCAGUGAUGUGUGUCGGAAAGACAUCCUCAGGGGGAUUCUCUCCGAUGAAGAGCGGGUUGAGGCGGUGCGUCUUCUGAGAUCUCUUCGGAAAAGGGCGUUGGAAAUGGGGACAACGCCUGGGGAGCGGCAAGGUGAGGAAAGGGAAGAGGUGCGGCACCGGAUCUAUGAGGGCACCCCCUUGAGUGGCGAUGGCUUUUCUUGUUCAUCCGCAGCGAAAGAUGCAUCAUCACUACCGGCUGUGCAGCCGAGGUAUUCUACUGAAAAGAGGGAGGGUGAAAGUACCGCUUACGGCUCUGAUUUCUUGCCGGUUGAAGCCGAUGAGGACGAAUAUUUGAACUCAGAUCUGGUAACCCUCAGUCGGACCCAUACACCCAGGCGGUCAUUGCGCCUUGCGCCCGACUCCUUGUUAAGGAGCGCAAGCGGUUCUGACAUUUCCAACUCUCUCCUGGAUCGAACCUUAUUUUCACCUGAGUUGGAGCAGUUCCACCUCAAGGGCAAUAAAACGCGCAGUUUCAUAGUGGGCCAAAAAAGAAAAAGAAAGGUGCGAUGGAGCGAUUCCGGAAACAAGGUUAGUUGCUCCAGCCUUUCGAUGUCCACUGGGGUUAUAUCUAGGAAAGGGAACGAAAGGGAUUACCCUACAAGCUUAUUCAACGAGGCUGAUGUGGACAGCUUUUUCACCCCCGAAGAAGGCUCUGUAGCCCUGCCGAACCUGAUAUCAACUCUCCCCAAUAAGGUCGUCACCCCAGAUAGCACCGACCGCGAUCAUGACCGUGUCUCGUCAGCGCUACAAUCGCCCUACGACGAGGUGACGAUGCUCUCACCUAGGAACACGGACGUCUCGGUUUCUAGCGAAAAUCCGCCGAACACUCCCAAGAUGGCUCCUGUUAAAGUUCGGGGACGACGCGGAAAAGGCAUCAAAAGUAAACUUUCGUCAGAUCACAUGAUAAGUGAUGAUAAGAAGUUGGAUGACGAAUCUCAGGCAGACAUACUUAACGUUAACUUUCCUAAAGCGGCGGAACACGUGCAGCUGCGUAAGGCAGCUAAUCGAAUUUUAGACGAUCUUGAUUUUGACGGUGGGUCAUUCCUCGGGCUUGCAAGAUUUUCUGAUUAUUCUGGAGAUGACUUGGAGUACGACCAAUUGCCCCUAGAGAAUGGUAAACCGAACAACAUCACCUCUGACAGAAGUAGGGAUGCCCAUGGACUGAAAGAGGUUCAAGAGCUCGAGGCACACAUGGGGAGGCUACAGAACCAAAUCGACACGGAAGUCGAGCAGGAUCUGGCGGAUCUAAUUGCGAGGCGGGAUCAGCUGAAGGCGGAAGUCAAGGAGCAACAGCAGCUCAUAGAUGCUUUUCAGAUGGACCUUCACAACUUAUCGAAGGAGCGGAAGGGAGCUAAGGGAGAUGCGUUUGCGAUUCAGCUUACUGCGGAGGUUAAUCGAUAUGCCAUGGAACAUCGUCUACAACUCGAAGAAAUAUAUCAAGAGCUUUUAGAAGACGAUGAUAUAAGCAUGGGGGGUUUAACCGAGAGCAUGCUAAAGCAGUUUGUUAGGGGAAAAUCGGAAAUGUGUAACGUGGGUACCCAGGUAACGGAUUAUGAUUUAGGAUACAUCGAAGAUGACUUGAAGGAAACUAUUGAGCAAAUGGAUGAAAUGUUUUAUCAUGAGAAAGCCUUGCGCGAUGCCAUCGACCUUACCCACGUGGCACUAUCCAAAAUUAUCAGUUUCCACGCCUCGUUGGAGCUCGAGUCGACCUGUAAGGAGUGUUUUUUUUUGUUUGAGCAGCCACGAACUUUGUGGCCGUGCGGCCACACCUUCUGUCAGCUUUGCUUGGCAGAGAUGUAUAAUAAAAACGGUGAUCUGUUGUGCAGUGAAUGUGGCUCUGUCUGCAUUGUAGGCUACACACCGAACCUUUCGAUAGAGCUGAUUGCGAGUUAUCAGAUGCUGCAAGACGCGAAGAGUAAAUCCCCUUCUGGCGGAAAGACUAUUGAAAAUACACUGCAGAGUUUAUUGAGCUUUUUAUUAUCAACUCGGGAUGGCUUUGCAGCGCCUUCUGCAGCUGAUACGCGGUAG